AUGGUCAAAAACAUUCUCUUGCUCUUUGCCGUCGGGUUUACCGUAUCUGCCGAGCUGAGUUGCGAAGAUGGGUGGACGUUGGGCCAGGGCACGGAGAAAUGCUACAAGAGCCUUCCGGGCCUAAUGAAAUACGAUGCAUCGAAGGCUGCGUGCGAUGCACUUGGGGCCGGAUUACCCGUCAUUCAUUCGGAGGCGGAAAAUGCGGCUGUUUACGCAUUUACCCGUGACGGCGAACAUGUGCGACUCGGGGCGACACGGUUCGGCAGCGGGAAAUAUGACUUCAAAUGGACCGAUGGGUCCGAGAUGGAUUACAAGCGUUUCAACGACGAGUACAUGGACAACGCAUUGAAUCUGGAGAAUUGUUUUGACAUGUGGCCUGAGGACCGUUGGAACGACAACAAAUGCUACGUUCCGGAAAUAGUGGUUUGCCAGAAACCUGCAAGCAACGACGGUGGCACUCCGGACCCGAAUGCGCCUUCAAAAGACCCAAAUCAAGGCCCGAACGGCGGGUUUAUUCUCCUAGCGCUUAUCCCUUUGGGGGUUGAUGCGAAGCUGAUACCAAAGACAGGCUGCACGGCAAAUUGGACGCGUGGCAUUGAAGCGGGCAGCUGUUUCCUGGUCAUCCUCGACAUGCGCGUGGAAGAUGCCAAAGCGGAAUGCGCAGAAAUGGGCGCCACGCUCGCCUCCAUCCACUCGGACUCGGAGAAUCAGCUAAUUUUGGACAUGGUCCGAAAGGCUGUCCCAACCGCGCAGGAAAGCACUUGGCGCCCUACAGCUCUUCUGGGAGGGCAUCGGACCGCAAAUGACAACAAAACUUUCCAUUGGGAUGACAAGACAAAGAUGGACUACAAAAAUAUGCAGCCGGAUGAGCCGAAUCAGCAGGGAGAUGAGGGAUGCCUUGAGAUGUUCCUCCGACCUUUCAAGACCCUUCAAGACUAUGGG